CACAAGUUUCAAACUCUCUUUGACGAAAGAUUAACAAAGCUUGACUUUUGCUAUUUUUUAUUAUAUACAGACGUUUCGUCUUCUUGUGUAUGAUUAAGAACUUAUGGGUUCGAAAGAAAAAGUCGAUGGUGAAAAAACUCUAGACAAGAGUAAGGAUAUGCUCUCACAGCUUCAACAGAGGGUUGAUAGAAUCAGUUCAGAGUUGCAAACGUCAGGAUCAUCCGCAGAAACUUCACCUGAUGUUCAAAACAUCUACAACGAAAUCAAACAACUCCUCAAGACGACUACCAAGCCUCUCCAAGUUCCGAGUCAUGCGUCGCCACAUAUUCGAGACGAGCUUGACACAGUGUUUGCUGUUGAGGAAGUUGGACAUUCGUGCGACUUAUGUCAGAGAGAUCUUGCUACUGAUCCAGAGCGGCCUAAUGUUUCCUUGCGCAGCUUACAAGAGGCGUGUGUGUUGUCUUGUGGUCAUGUCUACCACUUUAAGUGUUUGAAAGGCACCACUCUUGAUAUUGAUAACCAUUCUAAAGAUCCUUCUUGCGUUUUCUGCAUUAGCUGAAUCAUUAAACUACAAAAUCCUAUC